CGUGGUGGAUGAUGCCACCCGCGCCCCAGCAAAGUUUAGGAAGUUGUUUCGACCUUCCUCCGCUCUUACUGCCACAUUAGCUGAGGCGCGCCCAGGGGGAGGUCGGCAGGACCGGCCAGCCAGCAAGGCCUGUAUUGUACCUUCGCCUGGGCACCUGCAGGGAGCAGCGGGAGGUUUCAGAUUAGAAUUUGUGAGUAAAUGGAAUAGUGGCAUCCCAAAAUAUUGCUGUGACUAGACUGUGACAAUGGACAGAAUGCAAGGAGACUCUGCCAAUCCUGUGUUCCCAGGAGAUGCAGAGAGGAGCAGGACUGGAGAAGAGGACCCAGGACUGACUGUGUUGGCAAAAGCAUAUGAAUUCUUUCAGAUUUGUGAUCUGGAAGGCAAAGGCUUCAUCACUCGUCAAGAUAUGCAGAGACUUCAUCCUGAGUUACCCCUUAGCCUGGAGGAACUUGAAAAAGUUUUUGUUACAUUGGAUGCUGAUGGCAAUGGUUCACUUACCCCAAAGGAGUUCACCACAGGAUUCAGCCAGUUUCUUUUGAGGCAGAUGGCUUUAAAAAAUGAGAUGUGGGAAUCAGAAGGUGAAACAGCCUGCCUUCCUAAAUGGGAAGAGAAUAUGGGUGAUGAUGAGGAUGAAGAACACCAGUUCUCAAAUCUGAUGGACCAGAUUGGAGCUAAAAAGGCUUUGGAAGAUGAGAAUGAUGUGAAGCAGCUUUGGUUGCAGCUGAGAAAAGAUGAACCUCAUUUACUUUCCAAUUUUGAAGAGUUCCUGGCCAGAAUUUUUUCCCAAUUCCGUGAAGCAGAUAAUGAAAAGAAUGAGUUGGAAUGUGCUCUAAAAAAGAAAAUUGCUGCUUAUGAUGAAGAAAUUCAGCAUCUCUAUGAAGAAAUGGAGCAGCAAAUCAAAAAAGAGAAAGAACAGUUUAUCUUGAAAGACACAGAGAGGUUUCAGUGCUACAGUCGAGAGCUGGAAUGCAAGCUCCUGUUGAAAGAACAAGAACUGGAACAACUGGUUCAAAAACAGAAAAGGUUAGAGCAACGAUGUACAGAACUUCUCAGUGACAAGCAAGAAACCAAAGUAGAGAACACCAAGCUGAAACUGACAAACCAGGAGCUGCUGAGAGACCUGGAGAAAACGUCUCAUGAACUGAGUCUGGCUCAACAACAGUUACAAAUGCUUCAGGAGGAAUCAGCAAGGCUGCAUGAGGAAAAGGAAAUGGAGGUGUACAGGGUGACAGAAACCUUACAGAGGGAGAAAUCAGGACUUCUGAAGCAGCUGGAUUUCUUAAGGGAGAGGAACAAACAUCUCAGAGAUGAACGUGACGUAUUUUUACUGAAGUGCAAAAAAGGUGUUCCAAAAGCCAGCUGGAAGCAAAGAUCAGGGUCUGUCAUUGGAAAAUACAUAGAGGGCAAGGUAUUGCCUAACAGCCCUGAGUUAUUUCAAGAAACAGAAUUCUGCUUUAUAAGUAAUGGAGAACAUGAUGGGAUAAAAUCCUUUGUUUUUCCCACCUCAGCCUUCAAAACAAGGCAAAUUGGAAAGGCAACAGAAUUUAGAGUGGAGCAGUUGGAGACUAAUGUUUACUCUUAUUUGAAGGAGGAGAGAAUAAACUCUGUCCCAGACCACUUGUUCAAGAUUAUUUUUGUUGGCAAUUCAAGUGUUGGAAAGACUUCAUUCUUAAGGCGAUUCUGUGAAGAUCGUUUUUUCCCAGGCACACCUGCUACUGUGGGUGUGGAUUACAGUGUGAAAACAGUCACAGUAGAUAAUAGCCAGGUAGCCCUGCAACUCUGGGACACUGCUGGCCAGGAACGGUACCGCAGUAUUACCAAGCAGUUUUUCAGAAAAGCUGAUGGUGUCAUUGUGAUGUAUGAUAUAACAGCAAAAGACACAUUCACAGCUGUCAAGCAGUGGCUCAUGAGCAUUGAGGAGGCAACUGGGGAGAAUAUACCUGUGCUUUUGUUGGGUAAUAAAACUGAUAAUGAAAAGGAACGAGAGGUCCCCAAUGGAAUGGGAGAGCAUUUAGCUAUGGAUUACAAUUUAAUUUUCUAUGAAUGCAGUGCAUGUUCUGGGCACAAUAUCAAAAAGUCCAUGCUUCACUUAGCUAGGAUUUUAAAGGAACACGAAGUUAAAGUGAAGGAGAAAACCAUUCAACUUCAACCUGAUACAAAUAAAAAGUCUUGCUGUACUAGGCCAUAAAAGGAUGUGGUGUGUUUAGAAAAAAGUUGUACAUUUAUACCACGCUGCAGUACAUCAUCAGAUUUUUCUUAUCCCUCAAGUAUCACUUUUGCUGUGUUCUGAAUAUAGGUGUAAGUAAAUCUUAAAAUUUUUGUAUACUCUGAUCUUCACUUUUGCAAAGAUUGUCUUUAGUUAGUUGACAGUGUAUUUGGGGCAGUGACGGUCUUUUUUAUUCUGUUUGACACCUAGCAUCACUGAGUCCUGCUUUGUGAUCAGGCUCAUAGAAGCUGCUGCAGUAUUAGUAAGAAGAAAUAACUUUUAUAGGAAGAAAACCACUGAGAAUGUGAAAUAAAUUCUCACUGGCUUGGAUGACUUAUGUUCUGAAUACUUCUUUGACUUCAGUGCUGGAUCAGAUUCUUUACAUCCUGAUUUUGUGCUGACCUUUGCUAGAGUUUUUUUUAAUUCAAAUUGGCAGGUGAUUGGUUGUUUAAAAGUAACACACCAACAACUGCUGAGUAUAAGAAUAUGUUUUAAAAUUUAGUAUGAAAUAUACAUGAAAAAGGGAUUGAAGAACUCUGAAGAUUCUCAUAAGUAGCAUUAACUGAUUCACACUGCACAUCGGUCCUUGAUGAAAAACCCUGCCUUGCAUUUGGAUGUGCAGGAUCAGGUAUGUCAGGCAGGUUGGUGAGGUACCAUAGAGUCUUGCCUAAGCUAUCACCAAAAAACCUGGUAUGUUUCCAUAGUGUGAGGUAGUGCAAUGCAGAGAUCUCAGCUUAGUUUCCAGAAACAGUAGUCAAGGUAGUGCACUGCUAUACUCUGGCUAGUUAGCAUGUCACUCAGAGAAAAUCAGCCUGGGCUUUUCAUGAUAUUUGACAUGGCUGUAUUGCUUUGGAUUUCAGAGCUUGCUCAGAUACUUCUGCUUGUCAGUGGUUUACUUUGCACUCUGCAUGUUCUCCCUUUGAGGUCCCAGAGCAACCUGAGGACAACUUGAACAUUCAAGUUAGUUCACUUUCAUUAGUACUGGUGUGGCCCUAGAUAGGAAGCGUGUUUUGCUGGCACAGAUGGCUGUAGUACAAAACAUUUUAUAGCUGACCGAGCAGCUAGUGAUCUCCAAAAGUCUGUCACAGAAGGUUUCAUGCUAGAUGUUGCUGAGGCAGAAUUUCAGAAAUAGAAGCUCCUCUUCUGAGGAAGAUUUUGAGAAACAUUCCAGCAUUUGAGGAGUAUAAAGCACAAAUCUCACCAAAAUCCAAUGGUAUAUUGCUUAUUUUUGCAAUAUUAAGAACAAGUUCCUUUUCAUGCACCUAACUAUGUUACUGAUUUUUCAAAAGCAUCUGCUGUGCAGCAUUUUCCUUUGGUUUAAGUGUAUGCUAGCACUGGGAUACAAUGCUUGAGAAAUCAAACCCUUUUGAUAAGAGACUUGCUUUAGAAAAUCCUGUCCCACUCUCCAUCAUAAGAAACCUACAUCUCAUAAUUACUUUUGGAAACCUUUGUAGAAUAAAUGAAAUUGAGCAACUUGAUAGUGGUUUAUACAGCGAGCAUAUGGUCAACAAUCAUCCCUGUUGGCAUUUGUCUUUUCUGCAUCCAGCCAUUGUGGCAAGCAUUCAGGAAUGAUUAUGCAUGAUGGUGAGCUUGUUGGAAAAAUGGAAUGUGUGCUGUAGUUUUAUUUCAUUAAAAUAUCAGAAGGAAAACACUGUAGAUGUUUUAUAUAAAAAUGUUACAGAUACAUUAUAUUUUCAAACCAUUUUCUAAAUGUUUCUGAAAAUUUACAUUUAGUAAUGAAUCAAUUUGAAACUAAAGAGACUGAAGUUAGACACAAGUUCAUUAAGUAAUUCUCUUAAUUUAUUUUGGAAUAAAAACUUCC